AAAUUGCGGACCGGAAGAAAAUUUUCUGACACGUAUGAACCCGACUGGAGAGAAUCUAGGUUUUAAAACGUCGGGUUUAACGUCACUCACUGAAAAACGUUGUUGUUCCAUUAAUACAUAUGUUUUCAAAGUAAACAGUGAAGUCAGAGUUGACGUCAUGGUAUAAUUCUCAGAAAAUUCAUAGAGGCUUUCAUACGCCCCCCCUCCCCACUUCAAACACCGGGCCUGGCUUUGCUUUGACAACUGAUGGUAAAAUAUUAACCGAUGCAGCAGAACUCGACUAUUAAGGCAAUAUGGACUUUGUCUCGGCCUGUCACAGAUGCACCAUGGCCAGGCAGGCGGCGUACAUCGUGGGCGAGCUGGUGGUCAGGAUUCUACUCCUGGUCAUCUUCCUGAUCACAGAAGACAUGACUCCCUUUAUCCGUGAGAUUCAGCCUGAGGAGAGAUGGCUGUACAAGUACCCACACAUCCAGCAUGAUGCUGUGCCAACAACUGUCAUGUUUACAAUAUCAAUAGCAACACCACUCAUUGUGGUGAUUGUUUAUUCCACUGUCAAGCGAGACAAGAUAGAAGCAUUCCAAGGAAUUUUAGCUGUAAGCCUGGCCUUGGUACUGAAUGGAGUGGUCACCAAUACAGUUAAACUCAUGUAUGGCAGACCUAGACCGGAUUUCUUCUCCCGUUGUUUUCCUGACGGAAAGUGGAGUAAAGAUAUGAAGUGCACCGGAGAUCCUGAUGCCAUUCUUGAGGGCAGAAAGAGUUUUCCCAGUGGACAUUCCUCAUUUUCCUUCACAGGACUGACUUUUGCUGCAGUGUACCUAGCUGGAAAACUGCACUGCUUCCAGGGCAAAGGGCGUGGUCAAUCUUGGAGACUUCUUCUGGCAGGCUUGCCCUUGCUUGGCGCCACUAUGAUUGCCUUGUCUCGAACCUCAGACUACAGACAUCACUGGCAAGACGUUGCUGUUGGAUCUACCAUGGCAUACACAGUGUACCGACAGUACUACCCUGCCCUCAGCAAACCUUGCUGUGACAUGCCCCAUGUAGCCAUCACCCCACUGGCAGACAGCGCGCUCAGUAACUACGAUGUGGACCAAGACACUCUCAUACAAGUCAAGACCUCAGAUUCAGCCAUUAAAAUGAUUUAAAACUAAGAAAUUAUGUUGCAUGUCAGUGACAGGUCUUGUUUUUGGGAAAAAUGGACCAAAACCGAGGUACUUGUACAUGACUUGUACAUGCAUGUCAUUACAUUUAUGUGGCCAAAUGUAAUAAAGAGAACCUUCAUUACUUUCCAUGUCUAAUGUUAAUAAUAUUGUCAGAUGAAAGUUGUCUGUUCUUGCAGUAAAAAUGAUUAAAUGUUAAACAUGUGGAAUAAAAGUUAUUAGUAUUUUUUAGGAAACAAAGAGUAUAUAUAAACAUUGUGACACAUUCCAAACAAAUUCACACUGCUGGUUGUCUUCAUUGUGUGUGUACAGCUUUAUUCUCCUAUACAACAUUGAACUCCCUAUUAAAGAAAAGUGUUUGGGAUCUGUUGGGAAGAGACUGGAAGACUAUCCAUAGAUACGGCUUCAAGCUAAUUGCUUUUGGCCCCCUAGAGAAUGAGAAUUAAAGCAUAAUGUAGCUAUAUGUGAAAUUUUGCACAUACCAAAACAUGAUAUUUGUCUAUUGGCAAUGACAUUUAACUGGAUCACCAGGGAAACCAUGACUAUCAUGUCUACAGAUUCAAAUCCUUUACCCAAAAGCAAUUUGUGUCUUUUCCAGAUUUGAUGCUUCAUUUGUCUUCCCAUCAGAGAACACACUUGUAGAGAGCACAAGUACUUUCUGUGACAAAUUUUAGCUGAUAAAAUCCUCCAUUCCACAUUAAAAAACACUGUAUAUAAUAUAGUUAUACCAAGGGCUUUAAUGAUAAAAGGAAAAUUCUCCUCUGUACCAUGCAAAUAUGAUUACAAUAUGAAAGACUUUGGGAAUCAUCCAUUUAAUAUGCAUUUGCUAGGUAGUAACCCAUGUGUAUAUACUAUUGGUCACCAACUGAUGUGUUAAAUUUGUGCCCAUUGUGCUUUUUUAUUCGAGCCUUUUUUUAAUCAGCUCUAGGCUACUUUAACAAUUGGUACUGUUCUGAGUAAUUUGGUAGCCCCAGGUGCAAUGGGACAGUUGCAGUAAGCUUAAUUUUUUUUCUACUUAAAUUCAAAUCAAAAUCAGACAGAAAGCAACAACUGACAAAAAAGACUUAUAAACUGUCCAAAUAAAACCACUUCUCCAUCUGGAAAAACUCCAGGCUACAAAAGUUGAAAACAAACAAUGUCUGUUGGGUCACUAGGGUUCAAAACAAUUCCAAACAAAAUGUGUUAAGUGUCUACCUGUGGUUGAGACUUGUUCAAAUGGGAUACACAGUCCGAGAAAUUAUACUCUCUGUGUCCCACCUAACAUCCGUAUCACAUUACACACUGUAGGUAUCAAAUCAAACAAGGUUUUCAACAUUUGCAACAACUGCAUCUGUUCACUGUUGAGGUGUAGUGUAAUGUCAGUACAAAAGUUCAUGUUCAGUGCAAUGUCAGUACAAAAUGUAUUACAGAUAAAUGUAUCAGCUUUCAUCAUUCAAGCAUAACCCCAGUCCACAUGAAUUGCCAAGUUUCUGAGGAAGAUAGAAGACUUCCAGAGACUCAUUGAACAAUAUGUUUUGUACAUUCCUACUGGUAAUAAAUUAACACAUAUUAAUCUCUUCGAAUUCACAAUUAUUUACAACAUGACUGUCUAUCAUCCUGAUCUGCACCCAGUGUCUCCAUAAAUGUACUUAAUAACCUGAUACUGGUAAGAAACUUCUUCCAUCAACUGGAAGCAACCAAAAAAGAAAAA